AUGCAAGUAGCUUCGCAACAGACACAAUCACCAGUCGGCCCUGGCACAUAUGCCGUGGACCCUUCCUUAGCAUCACGACGGCAAUACUCCCAGCAAACCUCACAAGCAGGUGACCAGAGCCAGAGCCACUCGCAACCGAGAAGCUCACCUCACUCAUCGACACGACCAUCGACACGGCCAAGCGGUAACGGAAAUCAAACUCUGGAGCCUGAUGCCUCUCAACAAGCUCCAUACCAAUCUUCUGCGGGGGCCUAUCAUUCGAACUCGAGUACUCCUCGCGGUCAGGACAUGGCUAGCACUACCCAUGCAUCCCCAAUAAUCCCUACUACAUCUUCGUCGCCUCCGCAUCAGCAGAGUCGGAGAGACCAACGAGGGCAGCAAUCACAUCAAGCCCGCCCACCAAUAUCACCACCUCCAAGAACCUCGUCAAAUCAACGUGGCCAAAGUAUCGGUUUACCAUCAAAUGCACCCCUUGCCGAUAGAACAGCUUCCUCGCGGCAGACUGCUCAAGCGAUUGACGAGCGCCAAUCUGCAUCCCGCAGUGCUGCAGCAGAAUCACUGAGUGGUGGUGAACCUGGAAUAGACAAUGAUGCGGCAGCAGCAAGAUCACGACGGAGAGGGCCGACUUCGUCGGAAGGACCGCAAAGGGCAACAAGCACCCGAGAACCAGGCUCUCAACAGUCACCCACCGCCGUGGAAAACCGCUCAGCCUCAAAUGUAGCCUCCGCAGCGUCUCACACCAGGCCUGGAAGAGAUGAAAGCCAAAUAAUUAACCGAGUCGUGGUGGACGAUCCUGCUGUCGACCUCAAACGCGAACAAGAACGGCAAUUGGAAUCCGUGCCAGGACUAGCGGUCGUGAACAACGUGACCGCUGAAGACGUCGGCAGGGCAGCUCCUCGAAGCAGGCAAGAUUAUUCGGCCAGUGCAGGAAAUCCAGGACGAAGAAAAGAGACGCGAUUUGGUGAAUAUAUUCUCGGGCAGACUCUCGGCGAAGGAGAAUUCGGCAAAGUCAAGUUGGGCUGGAAAAAGAAUGGGGAGGUUCAAGUAGCGAUCAAGCUCAUCCGACGAGAGAGCCUUGGGCAGAACCCAAGUCGACUGCCCAAGAUCUACCGCGAGGUGUCCAUCUUGAGGGGCCUCGAGCAUCCAAAUAUUGUCAAACUCCAUGAAAUGAUUGAGACGCCUCCCUACAUUGGUAUCAUUUUGGAGUAUGCAUCUGGUGGUGAAUUGUUCGACUAUAUCUUGAAUCAUCGGUAUCUGAAAGACAACACAGCCCGAAAGCUAUUCGCCCAGCUUGUUUCAGGGGUUGGCUACCUACACAAGAAGGGUAUUGUGCAUCGAGAUCUCAAACUUGAGAAUCUUCUGCUUGACCGAAAUCGUAAUAUUGUUAUCACGGACUUCGGUUUUGCCAACACCUUUGAUCCCCGCGAUGAGCUGGGUGAAGACAUUGAGAAAAAACUGACGGACCGGGAAUUUGUCAGGAGGAUGGAUCUGGAGCGAGUCCAGAACGGGAGUCGGAGAGGAGAUUUGAUGGCGACAAGCUGUGGUAGUCCGUGCUACGCAGCACCUGAGCUUGUAGUGACAGAUUCUCUCUAUACCGGAAGGAAGGUCGACGUUUGGAGUUGUGGGGUCAUCCUGUACGCUAUGUUGGCUGGCUACCUGCCCUUUGACGAUGACCCUGCGAAUCCUGAAGGGGAUAACAUUAAUUUACUUUACAAGUACAUUACGACUACAGCUCUUACCUUCCCAGAAUACGUCACUCCGCAUGCUCGUGACCUCUUGCGAAGGAUCCUAGUCGCCGACCCCAGGCAGCGAGCGGAUCUAUUUGAGGUCGCCAGGCAUAGUUGGUUAAGCGAUUUUGCGCAUGUGGUGGCACAAGUCACAAGCAGUACCACGACCGUUGGCGAGAUCGCGAAUACCACUGUCACAGCAGGUAGAGUCUCUCUCUUCCACACUGUCUCUUACAUGUGUUUUGCAGCCACCUUUGCUCUGAAUCUGGAUGUUUUGCUUGCCAAACUAAAGCUGACUCUGUUCUCACUAGAUCCACAAGAUGCUCCUCUGCUCGUCCGCAGUGCUUCUGUUAGAGAACCAGCCAAAGCACAUCCGUCCAACAUGUCUCCUGUUGGCGCGCUCACUCAUCAAGGUAAAAUUGACCCUGAGCAAGCGAUUGAAAAAGCCAAAGCACCUCGUGAUCCUAAAAGAAGGACUGUGCAAGUUGAAUACGUCGCUCCGCAAAGCCAGACAGUUAGAGGCGAAGGUCUGCCUCUCAUCAGCUCACCCGCUACAGAUGUCUCUCCUCAAGCUGCUUCAACAGGUCAACAGAAGACUCGCGCCAGGGCCGGCAACGAAGGGCCGGAACCUGUCCCUCGACAAUACAGUGCGACGACUAAGUCUUCGCUUCAAGACGCAUCGGUUGCACCGGCCCCGAGGUCAAGUCAAGCAUAUCAACAGGGGCCAAAUAGAACCCAGUAUCGACCUAGCAGCUCCCAGCGAGACAUGGCGCCUCCUUCACGGCCACCUAAGGAUCUACCUCGUUCUGUGUCUGAAUCUACUAGCGCGUUCGGCCCGCUUCCAACCUCGACCGUAACCAGGCCCACUACUGGAGGGUCUAUGGCUUCCACAGCUGGUCGAUUACCUUCCAGAGGAAACUCUUACAGUCAACCACUUCCACCUACGGUGGCACCGACAAAUGCAGAAGGACGGCUUGCGCAGCCCAAGAGUGGCAAGCAAUACAAUAUCUCAGCGCCGAUUCCCCAGUCAGGACCUUACGGUCAGAACGAAUCAAUCGGCCUGCCAAGCACUCAGCAGUAUGAGCCUCCAACAUUAGGAGAUCACAGAGAUCAAUCUCGAGGGCACAAACGGUCAAAUACUUUGGGAAACUUUUUCAGGACAGGUUCGAUCUCUGGUGGCAGGUCGCAACCUCAGUCGCCUGGGGAGCCACAAAGAGAGAAAAGAUAUCCACCUACAAGCAUGAAGGCUCCGAUAGCAGCUGAUAGUCCCCGGCAAUCAACAGAUUCACGGCGGCCCUCAUUCAGCUUCGGACGGAAGAGCAGCGAUUUGAGAAAGAUCACUGAUCUACCCAAACAGGAGAAGCCACGGAGAUUCUCUCUAUUGCCCGCUUCUUUCUCAUUAAAGGGAUUCACCAGCACUGGCAGUGGGAAAGAUGCGAGCAACGAGAUGAGACCAACUUCUGAGCGGAGGCCGUCGAGCAACGUUCAGUCAGCCCUUUCAAGCCGAGCUCAAUCGCGUCCGCAGACCAUGGCAUACAGUAGAGGCCAAAGUGGAGGCAAUAGCUAUGGACAAGAGGAGAACUUCCCCGCAACAUAUGACGGUUCGCGGGACCGUGCACGAGAUAGUCCUGUACAACAGACGCGAAGAAAAGAUGUCCCUUCUCGAGGUGGGCAGCAGAGCGAAUAUGACAACCCACAGACCGAGACUCCUCACGAUCCUUACCCCACUUCGAAGCCGCUGCAACCGGGCCAAUCGUAUCUGGAUACGCCUACAGAGUCCCAGAUAUCUAUUAAUCAUCGACGCGAGCGGCCUGUCUAUCCUCAGGGUUUUAACGAAUACGAAGAAGAGGCAGCCGGUACAUCGAUUGCUCAAAACCGAAGCGGACGUGGACCGAAUGUUCUACAAAAGAACAAUCGGAAAUUCGCAGAUGCGUACGAGGAAGAUGCGGAUCCAAGUUAUGGGGUGGGGGGUCAACACGCCGGGACGUCUGGGGCAGCGAGAAGGGUGAUGGAUUUCUUUAGAAGGAGAGGCAAAGCAAGAGCCGGGGAGGAGAGGGUGUGA